UCGUGUUUGUGUAGUAGUGUCGUAGUGGUAGGGGUAACAUAGUAGUUCGAUGUGCGAUAUGAUGGGAGUUUUACUGCCUUCGACGGGUUUUUUCUAAAACGAGGCUACAAAUGCCUUGCAGUGGGGAUACGAGACUCCACGUAAAACAGUCAAACAGAGAGAAUAAGUAGUCGUUUCUUUAUCACACGUUCCCAUUCCCGAAAAUUUGAUCAUUAAAAAAAACGAGAAUGGCAGACGUGGGAAUUGAGAUUGCGGGAGAUAUGCAAAUACCUCAACAAAAGCAAAAAUCUGGCACUGGGCUUGAAUUCCUACAGAUACCACAACUUCCACUCAGUAACAUAGGAUAUCCACAAGCUCAUGAAUGGAUUGAACACAGAAAAGCUAAUAUUAGGCCUUGGUCUAUGUUUCUUAAUACAAGCAACAUAAGACCUCCACCCAGUUUACCAAGAUUGAGUAAAAGAAUUAUGAGAAAUAUUGAAUAUUUCCAAAGCAAUUAUUUGUUCGUGUUUGUUGGAUUAGUUAUAUAUUGUUUGAUUACAUCGCCAUUAUUGCUGCUUGCUGUUGCUGCAUCUCUUGGAACUUGUUAUAAGGUUUCGCAACGUCAUGCUAAACAGGAGCUUACAAUAUUCAAUCAUAAAUUAACGCUAGCACAAGUUUAUUCUUUGGUAGGAAUCUGUUCACUGCCAAUCUUUUAUUUAGUAGGUGCUGGUGCAGCUCUUUUCUGGGUUCUUGGCGUAUCCUGGUUUCUAAUAACUUUACAUGCAGCAUUCUAUAAUAUUGACUCAAUAUUAUGUCCAGGAGAAGAUGAACUCAAUUCUUUAGUUAUGCAAGAAGUGUGAUUUCUAUUAUAAUAGAUAUGUACUAUAUCAAAUUUUAAUCAAAUUUUAUGUAAUAUGUAGAUAAUAUAAAGCAUUAUACAUUUAUACAAAUUCAUGUAUUACUAAAAGAUACAUGUAUGUAAGAUAUAAUUAGUAGAAUAAUAUGUCAAACUUAAUUUUAAUGAAUAGAAGUAAUAUAAAUAAUAUAUAUAUAUAUAUAUAUAUAUAUAUAUAUAUAUAUAUAUAUAUAUAUAUUCAAACUUUGACUGCCACGCCGAAAUUACAUGUUUCGCUCAGGAUGCUACGGGAGUAUUUUUAUUAUUCAAAGCAUAUAAUGGCAAAAUAAUAAUAAAUUGAUGAUGUAAGACAACAUUCUUCCCCAAUGGACCGUUUAUCUUAUUGGUGGUCACGGGUGACCACCGUGGCGCCUUGGUAACAGUUGAUAGCGAGAUAGUAUAACAAGGCUUCGUUUAUUUCAACAAACCAUUCGCAUUCGUUAUUUCGUCGUAAGCAAAACGUCCAGAAUAUAUUGUUGAAUCGUGUAGAAGAUAUUAGUAAACAGUAUUUGCUCAUUCUAUAUAUAAUAGUAAGAUUACCCCUCAAAGAUAUGGAUGCAGAUACUGAAUAUUUUUCGAGUGCAUCCGAGAAGUCUUCAUUGGAAGACUCGUCUCAAUAUGAAGCAUCAGAAGACGAAAUAUUCCGCGUAUCGCCCAAGAUAAGGCGGCGUCAAAUCGAACCGGAUACCGAAGAUGAAAUGGAUAUCGAAAAUGAAAAUGAACAUAAUAUAGAGGAUAACGAAUGGUCAAAUAAUAUAACACAAACAGCGGCAAGUGUAAUCCCAUUUGUAAAAUCUAGAACUGCUGUACAGAUCGAGGGUAAUCAGCCACACAGUUUUUACGUUGUUUUCCUUACGGAAGAAAUUCUACAAAUAAUUGUUGAUGAAACCAAUAGAUACGCUGAACAAUAUAUGCAAAAUAGAAGAUCCAUUCGUGUAGAUAAAUGGACUCCAACCGACAAAAAUGAAAUGAAACGAUUUUUCGGGUUACUAAUAUGGAUGAGCCUAGUUAAGUUACCAAAAUAUGACGCAUAUUGGUGUACCAAUAACACCUACUGCCAAUCUUUUCCAAGGACAGUUAUGUCGAGAAAUCGGUUUGAGUUGUUAUUACGGUUCCUUCAUUUUACAAAUAAUCAAACGGCAAACACAAAUGAUAGACUGUAUAAGUUAAGACAAAUUGUUGAUAUACUAAAUCAAAAUUUUUCUAAAUACUAUGAUUUAGAUGAAGAGAUAUGCAUUGAUGAGUCGCUAGUACCCUUCCGAGGUCCCAUAAAGUUCGGACAAUUUCUGAAAGAGAAACGACAUAAAUACGGCAUCAAAGUCUUCAAAAUAUGUUCGGGCCAAGGGUAUACAUACAAAUUUGAAAUAUAUUCAGGAAAAAACUUAGUUGCACCAUGCGUAACCCCCACAAAUGUUGUAAUGAAUAUAUGCAACAAUAUUCUUCAUAGAGGCCACACAAUUUACACCGAUAAUUGGUAUACAAGUAUAAAUUUAGCCGAAAAAUUAAUUGAUUGCAAUACUCAUUUAGUAGGAACCCUAAGAAAAGAUAGAAAGGGAAUACCUGUUGACGUCAAAUUUAAAAAAUUAAAACGCGGUGAACUUAUCGCAAUGCAAAAUAAGAAGGGAAUUACGGUCCUCAAGUGGAAAGAUGAGCGUGACAUUUUUAUGAUUUCGACAAAACAUUCAACUGAAAUGGCAGAGGUCCGCAAAAAGAAUUAUGUUUGUGAUAAACCAAUGGUAGUGGUAGAUUAUAGCAGAGGAAGAUGUGCUGUAGAUUUAUCAGAUCAAAUGAUAGCAUAUUCUACACCACAUAGAAGAACCCUCAAGUGGUAUAUAAAAUUAGCUUUAGAAUUAUUGUUUACAUCAAUUUCAAACGCGAUGAUACUCUAUAAACAAGCAACAAAAACAAAAGUCAAGGUAUCAGAUUUUAGAAUGGCACUCGCAAUGCACCUUACACAGUGCCACUCACCAGAGCCGUCAGAUAUACUUAUUCGACAAAGAUCGCGACACGAAAUGCAGAAGAAAGAAGGGCAAGCGUACCUGGCACGAAAAUUUUGCAGAGAGUGCUAUAAAAAAAAUGUUAAACAGUUAGGGUCAAAAAUUGCUAAGAAUCGCACCAAAAAGGUGACCACCUAUUGUCCAGAUUGUAUUGAUGAGCCACAUUUAUGUUUAAAGUGUUUUAACACAGUGCACCGUUAGAUGCAAGAUUUGUUCUCAUUUUUUUUUUUUUUUUUUAUUGAUGCUCUAAUAAAAAUGUUUAAUUGUUCAAUGGGGCACUUUUUAUUUCAAAGUAUUUUCUAUUUAUCGGUUAUAUUCAAAAUAUCCUAAUCACCAAUGACCACCGUGGCGUCACAGGAGAAACAGUGGCCGGCCAUAUAUGAUCAAUAUGGCAGUCAAAGUGUUAAAUGAAUGAUCUUUAUAUAUAAUUUACUUUGUUACAGAAAGUACCAAAGAAUAUUUUGUACUACUACUAUUGCGAAAUAAAUAUUUCUAGUUGUAAUAGGAAGUUAAAUAAAACAUUGAAAUAUUUGUA